CGUAAGUAGAUUGGCUUGAUUGGCCGGUGCCGUCUGUCAGUGCAGCAACAGCUGAACUCCUCAACGCGAGCGGCGGGAGAAACGCGACGCAACGGACCCACAAUUCAGUACGGCAACGGAUCAUGUGAGCCCAUGUAGAGUGAAUGGGAUGCAUCUCCAGCAACGCGAUGCACGCAGCUGUGUGUGGGAGCCACUUUCCGACAUGUCCCGAGGGGAUGGUAAAACAAAAAGGUUGGAUCUAACACUUGUAAGUUGGUCACAAUGUGGCAUACUGCUGCAAGAAAAAUAAAAAAUGGUUUACAUAUCAUGCUGUCCUUCCAAAAGGGUAAUGAAAUUGGCGUUUUUAUGGUUUUUGGGUGAUUUUAGAGCUGAAUAUAGAGAAUUGCUUAAGGGAUAUCACCGGGCACCCUCCCUUGGCAACAAGAAACAGCAAAGAAAAAAACUUUAACCGACAAAACCAGGUUCACCAGUACUUUUAUUUUUCUCAUGAUUGAAUUAAAAGUCUUAAGUCUUGUUGAAGCGAUUGGCAUAUGCAAUGAGGACGGUUCAGCCUCUUGUGAUACAGGGUGAGACUAAAGCAUGGCUAUAUACUGUACAGUGAGGAACACUGUAAAGGCAAUAGAUUUAGCUUUUAUUUCUCAUUAAUCUAAUGAGAAACCUAAGUAUGUUAUAUGUUUUCACCUCACAUAAUCAGAUACAUAAUCUGUACCUACAUUUUUUUUUUUUUGGUAUAAAUGAGUCUUCCAUAUUUGCAAAUUACCUCAGUCAGUCCCAUUUUAUCUGUCACUUGCUGCUAGUCUGUCGCGUCACUCGAGUGUAACAAUAUGACAGGUUCGCUCAUAUGGCGCCCUUCACAAAAUUUCAGGUUUCUGGCGAACAGGUGCAGCAAGGUCAUACUCCAUUGGUAAGGAGAAAGUUGAGCCACCUGAGUAAACCAUUACUAGCUAUUGUUACUACUACUAGCAUAUUGUAAAGUAUACUUUACAUUAAAUUAUAUUACAUUUACAUUACAUCUCCCCAUUAUGUUAAUGUUAUUGUAUAUAUAUAUAUAUGAGUAUAUGAGUAUAUAUAAUGUUAAUAUAUAUAUACUCAUUUGUGUGCAGCUCUGAAACCUGAAGAUGCUUUGCCAUUUCUCCUGAUUUAAGUGAAUAAUUGUGCUAUGCCUAAUAUGAAAUACAUUUACCCUCAUGUAACACAUUAUGAAACACAUUUACCCUUGUCACGACUCCACGAAACCCCUUGCUCACCUCAUCACAGCAACCACAACAGCAAUCAUCAAUCAGAUCCAAUUCCCCUGUUUUCUAAUUGGUUCCAUGGUCCACUUACCCUCAUCUGUGUUCUAAUUAUCCUCCACACCUGAAGGCCACUCCCCAGCUGAACUGAAUCCUCGUUAGCCAAGCUAUUUAAGUUGGACCCAAACAUGCAUUCUUUGUCUGGGGUGGGAAUGGCGGCGACUGGAGGAAAGGAGCGUAGACGUUUGUCUGGUGAUCGUGAGCUACAGGCGGUUGGCAGCAACUGGACUGUGAAUGGUCAGACGUCAGGAAAUGACGGAUCAGGAAGCGAGCAGGUGAAGUGUGGCUGGGAGAUCAACAACAUGUGCUGGACGGAGAUGUUCCUACGGGCACGGCGGAGGAUGCGCUCGCUGAUCUCUGGUCUGCCCUGCUGCUUCUGGUUUCUACUGCUGUUCGGCGCGGGGGGCCUGGUGCUUUUCAUCCACUUGGAGGACCUCUCCGAGAUGGUCCAGCUGGGACCAGAAGGGAAGUUGAGUGACACCACGCGGGAGGUGAGAGGGAGCAAUGAGGGCCUUAAGAGUCCCAUCCCGCCGAUGCAGUUCCCUGCGUUUGAGCCUGUCUCCCCGGGGCCGCCCAGCCACGACGCAGACUCUUCUCAGGUGACCAAACGCCACAGGAAGCUCCUGAAGACCAACCCUGUGAUGCGAUCCCAGGGCAAAGCUUCCUUCCUUCCUCCUUUAUCCUCCUCCGACUCCUCUUCCUCCUCCUCCGCUGAUCCUUCCUCCAGCCAGAGCAGCUUGGAGACCUCCCGUGUCCUGGAGGCGCGGCGCCGCUGGGUCAGAGAGGUGUGCGCCAAGUACAAGACCAAGAUCCCGCAGAACAUCACGCCACAGCGAGUCUCCCGCAUAUUUGUGGAAGACAAGCAUAAGAUCCUGUACUGUGAGGUGCCCAAGGCGGGCUGCUCCAACUGGAAACGGGUCCUGAUGGUCCUAGCAGGCAUCGCUAACAAUGUCACAGGGAUCAAGCACAACGCCGUCCACUACGGCAACCACACCCGGCAACUGGACAGCUACAACCGGGAAGGGAUUGCUUACCGCCUACGGAACUACACCAAAGUGCUGUUCGUGAGGGAGCCCCUGGAGAGACUGGUCUCGGCCUACCGGGACAAGUUUGAGAGCCCCAACAACUACUACCACCCUGUGUUUGGACGGCCAAUCAUCAACCGUUACCGUGUCAACGCCUCCAAGGAGGCUCUGCGCACCGGCAGUGGCGUGACGUUCCCCGAAUUCAUGCAGUACCUGCUGGAUGUGCACAAGCCCGUGGGCAUGGACAUCCACUGGACGCCUGCCAACCACUUGUGCCACCCCUGCCUGGUGGACUAUGACUUUAUCGGGAAGUUCGAGACCAUGGGGGAGGAGGUCAACUUCGUGCUCCACCGGAUAGGGGCACCAGCAAACCUCACCUUCCCCACCUUCAAGGACAGGAACCCCUCAGCGGAGAGAACUUCCUUAAAAAUAAUGCAGCGGUACUUUGCACAGCUCAAUGCCACUGACUUGCAACGAGUCUAUGACUUCUACUAUAUGGACUACCAAAUGUUUAAUUACUCUAAGCCCUUCCAUGAGUUGUACUAAAAAUAUUGUCCAUUACUUAAUCCUUUCCCUGUCAGAUCUGCAUACCCUCUCCUAACUAUUUCUCUGACAUUAUGUCAUUUUAAGCUGCAAGGAGCAGUGUUACGGAACACUGUCAAUUCAAACUAUGCAAACUACCAGAGUAAGACUAACUAACAAUAACUAACCAAUUGCUGUCUUCACACUCUGAUGGAGAGAUGUCGAGACUGCUGCUUAAAUCUCACCAGGUCUAAAACAUGAUGUCUCUUCCCAUCUCUUGUCUUCUCUUCAGUUCCCACUUAAGGUAGAACCUCUUACCAUUUAGACACAUGCAGCCAGAAUGACACAAUUCAGUUGAUACCCUGCUACUCCAAAGAAACUGAAAGGGGACUGUAAGGACCCCCGAGAGGCAGCUCACAGAGCUGGCCUGGAUCCGAUGAAUACCGGAGUCGGUUGGCCUGUGGGGAAUUUUAGGAGUAAACAUAUCCCCAAUCCAUCACCCCCCACACCACCACCACACAUAGUGUAGGUAAUCCACCAUUGUACCCUUUAGCAAAUACACACCUGGGAAAAAGAACACUGUCACAAAGCCUUUACUGACAACUAUUUUGGUGAAAAAGGGCAUUCAGAAAACUAUAUAUAUUAUAUUCUAUUUUUAUAUGUAUUUCUAUGAUGGGUUAAUGAGGAUGAUGGUUUUGAGCUUAAUCAAAUCUUUGUAUGAGUGUAUGUAUGUUUGUGAGGUUGUGUGUGUAUUUCUUGUUUUCCACACUAAACAUUUCAUUAAUUUGAAGUUUCACUUUAAAUGUACUCUGACCUGACCGUUCGCUCAUUCAGUUGUUGCCCUAUUCUCUUUCCCUUGAUUCAAUGUCCCUGUAAAGCGAUGGUAGGACAUGCUGGUUUCGGACAGUACGCCUCCCAGUCAGACCACAGUGGGCCACCACUUACAUCACCUCGGAAAGAUAGAGGUAGAUAGAGAGGAUAGACAAAGACAUACACAAAUAGACAAGGAGACCUCAGCGUACCAUGGCUGCAGCUUUAUCAAUUCAUUAGAGGACGUGAGUGCAUGAGUGAAAGAGUGUGAGGAAGACAGUGGUGGCAGGAAACAGUGAGAAAAUGAGAAGAGUGAUCAAAAGAGAAGAGGAUGAUGGAGAGAGAGAAAAAAAGAGAA